GUCCAGCGGGGGGCUGGAGGGUCAUUCGGCUCUCGGCUGGACACCGACGGACACUGGGCCUAGAGAUUGCCCCUUCCGUACCCCGUUUCCUGUGACCCCCCACUAGGUGGGGGCAGGGGGUCCUCGGGGGACCCGGAUUUUCUACCUCCCAGGGACUUGGAGGGAGAGAAGGCAGGGGUGCCCCUCAUCCCCUCAAAGUCUCCCAGGAUGACCAAAGACUAUGAAGAUCUACAGUGUCUGGAUACGGAGGAGAACGGAGAGCCAAUCGGAAGAGGGAUGAAUGGAGAGGGACUGUCUGGGUUCUCCGGUUCCCCGGCCCGCUCAGGGCUCUCCCCGCAGCGCUCCUUCUUGCAGCAGCUCUGCCCUCCCUGGCGCCUGGCCCUGGUCGCCCUGGGGCUGACUGCCAUCCUGGCCGUGGUCCUGACCGCCGUGGGAAGCCAGAAUUCCAGGCUAUGGCAGGAAUUGAGGGAGCUGAGGGAGAACAUGACCACCUCCAACCACGGCUUGGGGACUGAGCUCCACACACUGAGUGCCGCAGAUUCCAAGCUAUGGCAGGAAUUGAGGGAGCUGAGCAAGAACACGACCAGCUCCAACCUCGGCUUGGGGACUGAGCUCAACACACUGAGUGCCGCAGGGCACAGUCUGGAUGGACAGGUAAAAUCAUUAGAGUCCAAACUCCAGGAGCAGACACGGAUUAUGGAAGAAGAACGUUCCAGAUUCCAGCUCCACAUCCAGCGGUUCCUGGCGGACCUGAGGACCGUCCAGUGUCAGAUCACGGAAUUGAAGGACAACAGCUCCAAGGGCACCUGCUGUCCCCCGAACUGGACCGAGCACAGUGGCAGCUGCUACUGGACCUCCCGGGUGAGCAAGAGCUGGAGCGACGCCAAGCAGUUCUGCCAGACGGAGAAUUCCCACCUCGUGGUCAUCAACUCCCAGGACGAACAGAAAUUUAUCCAGCACUUAACCAUACCCGCCUUGAUGUGGAUCGGACUCACGGACUCGGACGGCAAGUGGAAGUGGGUGGAUGACACCGACUACAAUAAAACCCCCAAGAACUGGGGUCCCGGUCAGCCGGACGAUUACUACGGACACGGCCUUGGGGGCGGCGAAGACUGCGCCCACCUCCUCUCCGACGGCUUAUGGAACGACGACCACUGCAGCCGCCUUUACCGCUGGGUGUGCGAGAUAGAGCUCAGCAAGUAUGCCUAAGAGUCCGAGGCCGACCCCUCCCCACCCCCGGCCCCCGCCCUGACCCUUCGGCUGCCCUGGAACACGUGGAACCUGACGGCAUCUCCUCGGAGCCUUCUUAGAUCCUUCCCAAUCCCGGGGCCUGGAGGCUUCUCGGGGUCGUUCCCACCUCAGGACCAGCCCCUUCUCCUCCUCCCGAGUGCGCAGGCGGGCGUCUGUAAAAGACCUCCAGGGAAGGAAAACGCCAGACGCCCCCCACCUCCCCAUUUCUUCUCCCCAGGUCUGCCCUCACUCCCUCUCGCUACGCCUCAGCCCCCUCCUCCUCCGGAGACAGGGUCCCUCUCUCCCUUCAACCUUGCCCCCCCACAUUAGCUCCCCCCCCCAGGGCACCGGGGGGUGGUGAGAGAGGAGAGGAGGAGGCUGGGGGAGCCGGGCAGUGAAGAGCCAUUAAAGCUAAUUGCCUUCCAA